CCAAGCAGCGACGAGGAGCAAUGGCGCCGGCCCCCGCCAGCUCUCACGCGAUCAGCCUGCCCAAGCAGGGGCUCCCGCUCGAGUAUCUGACGCAGCUCCAGCGCCGCCUGGGCCAGCUGCUCAUCUCCAUCGGCGAGCUGCAGACGCACGUCUACGAGACCGUCUCGCUCGAUGACUGGCCUGGUCUACUCUCGCGCCAUCUCACACUCCUUUCGCAGACGCACACGCUCACCACAGCGCUCCUCUCUCCCCGCUCGGCGUCCCAAGCGCCCUCGCUCGUGGCACUCCUUACGCGUGAAGCGCAAAUAACAAACCUCUACGCCGAUCCCUCCUCGACAGAGACUUCCCUGGCGUCGCUUGCGCCUCUUCCCCAGACAGCUGCGCCCUCGAAUCCGCUGGAGGCAUCUUCGGCCGCAGCAGCCCGCCAAAAGCGCCUCGCACCGAGGACGAGCACAGGCCGCCACCACGCGCCGCACCCCGUCCAGCCCGUCGAUGUCGAAAAGUCAAACACACUCGUGCCGGCGCUGCUGCUCGCAAAGGCCGCACCCGCCGUCGAUGACCAGGUUGAGGCGCGGCUGGCGGCCUUCAUUAGCGAGGCCGACGCAGCCGAAGGAGCGAAUGCAUCAACGAUGCCUGCAAUCCGGUGGAGGAGCAGGAUCUCGAGGGCACGGCACAAGACGGUAAAGCACGACGACUUUGCCGGGCAGAUGACCAGGCUCUGGAUCCAUUGCAGAGAGGCACCCGAUGAGUACGGCGAAAAAUACGACUGGAACAUGCGUUUGAGCCUGGAAGAGUCCGACGACGAGGCAGACGAAGGCGAGGGAGAGGACAACGAAGGCGAAGACAUUGGUGUUGAGGCAGAGUCAGAGAAGAGGAAGAGGAAGCGGGAGGACGAAGACGAGAACGGAAAGAGGGAGGAUCCGCUGUCCGUUGACCAGGUUCUGUCCUUUCUCAAGACCGGCACGAGAGCAUAGAGCGAGCAUCUGUAUUUGUAUUCGUGCAAUAGUUUCAUCAGAGUCGUUGCUAAAUGGGACAAUCCCUUCCGAGGGAAAGAAAAGAUGGAAAGGUCUACCGUGAACUCUGUGUAGGGAAGACGAAGCAGCACGGAGGGGAAAUGAUGCAAAGAAGAC